AGGACCCAGGAAACCCGAAUUGCCGACAUAUUUAAACUCCGUGUUCAAUCUGUAAACAUGGACAGUAGUUCCUUUGCGCUCUCAGGCCAUAUAUUCGGUGGACAUUCACGAUGACAAGUAGCGCGCGAACAAGUGACGCUCUGAGCGUCCUCUCCCUUUGUAUCCAUGUCAUUCAAUGUGCCAGUGCAAUUAUUGUGCUCGGGAUUACGGCUUGGGCAGUCCAGCACACCAAAACUACUACCGUGAUAUACUCCCUGGUCAUCGCGGUUCUGACACCUGCAGUAUACGGAAUCACCUUAACGAUAAGCUGUCUGACCAGGCGUCGCAAAGGCAAUUUCAUUCCAGUGUUGACUUUUGACUUGGCAUUCUCGUACCUCUGGCUUACGGCCUUUAUUCUCUUGGCUCGCGAUUUUAACCAUGUCGGCUGUCGUGUGAUCCUCUGGAACGGGGAAACCGUUUGCAGCAGAAAGUACGCCGCUGAAGCCUUCAGCUUUAUUACAUUCAUUGUAACUUUGGCAUCAUUUCUUGUCGAGUUUGCAUUUAUGUAUGAAGCUAAAGGCGAGACGCAUGCGGGGGAAACCAGGGAAGUCGGACAGAAUGAUGAUUUGGGUACAUUGUCGCGAAAUCUCCAAAACUAUGGUCUGAUGCCAUGAGCGGAUGAGGGAAUAUGUUCGAGCUUGACGAUUGAUUGGCAGUCAUUAAACUCGAACGGGAUUGACUACACGAACUAAGCCACUCCGUGCCAUUGUAGUUGACACCGAGCUCGCCCCUAAAGAGGCCGACAUAAAUUAAGGGCCCUGCGUUAUCGACAGAUCCGCGGGCUAUUCUCCUAUUAAUGCAUAGAGGAAAAUCCCCGAUGCGUCCGUUUCCAGAUGUCGUCAAGUAUGCCCGCACUAGCCCGUAGUUGAAGGUUACCAGGUUGAAUACUCUGAAUCAUGCGGUUCCUCC